UAUUUGUACUUGUAUUUCUUCUUUGUGUUGUGAUUCUUUUCAAUGAAAGUACUCCUAGAAAGGACUAGGCGUCAUUUGCUGGAUCUAGGCCUUGCCGGUGGGACCAAAGAAGGGAUCUGACAUUGUUUUCCCUAUAUUCGGUUUGUUUCCCCAUUUCUAUGGCGGUAAUCCUAGACUUACGGACUAGUUUGGGUUACGGAAAGACAACUUGGCCUGUGUUGGUUGGUUGAUAUUUUGACCCGCUGCUGAAAAAACGGGCCAGUCAAGGAGAGCACCCGUCAUCCUAGUUUUAAAACCCGGACCGGUAAUCGAACCGGUGAGGCUAUCGGUUCAGGUUUUUACCGGUCUGACCACUGGUUUACCGGUUCAUGGUCUGGUUUUUUAGAUAUAGAUUAGUAUAUUUUUUACAUAUAAAUGCUGAAAUAAAUAAAUAAAUAUGUAUGUAAAAAUAUUUUGGACUUUAAAUUUGACAUAAUAAUUCACAUCAUACAAAACAAAUUAAUGAGUAGCGGAGCACCAAUUUUUUUAACUUUACCGUAUCCAAGACAACCAAGUACCUAUACACACAUGUAUGCAAUUUUAAAUAUAGCAAACCUGCUAAGUAGCUACCAAACAGUUUUUUUUCCUGUUUUGAAGGGAAGCCAGCAAACAGCUAACACGCAUAUAUUCCAUGCUAUGGCAAAGCUGGAAGCAUGAAGCUCAUCACGUGUCUAAUUGGUUCAUUUUUUGGUGCUACCGUGUAGCUCAUGUACAAAAUGAACUUAUGUCUGCUAUGCACACAACUGACACGUAGCUCAGCUGGUAGAUGGAUACGUUACUGGAAUAUAGUAGGCGGACGCAAGUUCGAUUCCAGGUUCCAUCAAUUAGUUUUUCUCACGCGCGGCAUUCCAUCCAGCCGGUUGGACCGGCGAUUUGUUAUCGGCCGGUUUCACGAGAAACCGCUGGUCGAGCCGCGGUUCCACCGGUUUUCACAGGGUCGCUGGCGCGAACGGUCCAGUGCGCCUAACAGACCAGUGGAGGGGCUGGUUCCGGUUUUUUCCGGUUCAACCGGUGGUCCGGUUCGGUUUUUAAAACUAUGCCCGUCAUGUGUGAGGCCGUAAGAGAAUUCCGUAAAAUAUUUCCGUAGAUGUAGCCAUUAUUAAAUGCUACAUCUACGAAAAUAUUUUACAGAAUUCUCUUACGGACUUAUUUAAUAAUGGCUUGCUAGUAUGAAACCUGCCCCCAUCCACGGGACUUAUUUAAUAAUGGCUUGCUAGUAUGAAACCCGCCCCCAUCCACGGAAAAAAAGGAAACGGAUGAGGAUGUAUGUCAAAAAAAGAUUUUCGUGCUCCUCUAAUUAAUAGUACUUUUAGAACUUAAUACAGAAUAGAAUUUGCAUGUUUUGAAGUAGACUUCUGAAGACAAAACUACUGCACUUAUAUAAAUACUAGAAAAUUUACCCGUAGCACACAAUUCCGCUUUAAAAUAAGUAUAUACUAAAUUUAUCUGAAUUCACAUGUAUCUAGACAUGUUUUAGUAUUACAUGACAUGUUUUAGUAUUACAUGCUAAUGUAGACAAAUCUAUCACACUUAUUUAAAACCGGAGAGUAAAACUUGUAGAGAGAUUAUGAGAGAUUGCACAACUACAAUAGGACCGGCUGUCACCUAUAUAUAUAGACAAUUACAUGGUACAAUCCUAUGAUUACACGGAGACCUACUACUGUAUAAUACAAUUACAUCUCAACACCCUCCCAGUCGAAGGGUCGGUACUGACACUGGAUCGGAACUCGUCGAAGGUCAACGUCGACAAGCCCUUCGCCAUGAUAUCCGCAAACUGCUGAGAGGUCGACACGUGAAGAACUCAAACGUGACCGAGAGCAACCUGCUCUCGAAUGAAGUGGAUAUCCAGCUCGAUGUGCUUAGUGCGUCGAUGAUGAACGGUGUUGGUGGAGAGGUAGACAACCGAAACGUUGUCACAGAAGACAACAAUAGCCUUGUCAACUGGACAAGAGAGCUCGGAGAGAAGCUGACGAAGCCAGGUGUACUCGACGACGGCGUUGGCCACGGCGCGAUACUCAGCCUCAGCGCUAGAGCGCGAGACAGUGGGUUGUCUCUUAGACGACCAAGAAAUAAGCGACGAGCCAAGGUAGACGCAAUAUCCCGAGGUAGAACGCCGAGUGUCAGGGCAACCCGCCCAGUACGCGUCGGAGUAUGCCACGAUAUCCGAGGAUGGCGAGGCGGUGAUCGAAGAACCUGCUUAACCGCACUCCAGUGGGCGUCCCGGGGUGCAUGCAUGUGAAGACACACCUGCUGCACGAUAUAUAUACUGCAGCUCCGGUCGGGUAAGCGUCAAUUACUGCAGGGCACCGAUGAUGGAGCGGUAGAGAGAAGCAUCAGGAGCCGGAGAGCCAUCGGUGGCAGACAGCUUGGCCCUCGUGUCGAUGGGAGUGGGCGCAGGAUUGCGUCAAGGACUUAAGAUCGAGGAAGUAAUGGAGAGGCCCCAAGUCCUUGAUGGAGAACUGCGCGAAGGCGAUAGUAAGCCGUCGAAGGAGAUCGGUACUGCUGGUCGUCAGGAUGAUGUCGUCAACAUAGAGCAGCAUGUAGGCGGUCUCGGUGCCGUGUCGAAAGACAAACAGCGAGAUGUCGAAGCGCGUAGACCGGAAGCCGAGCUCGUGGAGGGAAGGCUGCGAUGCGCUGGUACCAGGCGCGCGACGCUUGCUUCAGGCCAUACAAGGAGCGCGAGAGCAUGCACACAUGCUCGGGGUGAUCCGCAUCGAUGAAGCCGGUGGGCUGACAAUGCACCAGCUCGGAGAGGUGUCCAUGAAGGAAGGCGUUGCAAAAUCUUGGUCAUCAUACCUUCAAGUGUUUCCUAGCCAAUUCCCCCUAAAGUCUCAAUAUAAAUUCAUCCCAAUGAAGCAACCGAUGGUGGCAAAAAAAAUUUGAAAUUGGGAAGACCCCGGCCUCUACAUCAAUUGAUGCACACAACCCUUUAUUGCACAGUUUAUGUUUUAAAGUUUACACCUCAAGGAUCACACAAAGUGUUCAUGGAAAUCAACCAGCGAAAAAGAAAAAGUAGAACAAAACGCCUAUGCAUCUUGUAAUCGCUUAGAAAGCCCGUGCAACCGUCUCCAGACGGGUGCACACAUAAUCCAUAUGCGUGGUGACAGGAAAGACCACUCGUGAAUCCAAUGGGUAACCAUACGGAUAACCUGUAAAAAGUGAGCAUUUCAUUUUAUAUUAAAGAUAAUAUCAUUCCUACAACUCCAUAAAGACCACACAAUAGCACAAGUUCCUACUCGAAUUCGUGCUUUGGUCUCUUUAUCAACCUCAUUCAACAAAUUACCGAACAUAUUCGUACAAUUUGUUGGUGGGCAAUAUUAAAGGUAAUAUGAACUACCCUCCAAACAAUAUGAGCAAAUGGACACUAAAAAAAUAAAUGAUUGAUGGACUCGUCGUGAUCAUAAAAGACACAUUUCUUACAACCAUUGCCUCAGAGCAUCCCCACUCGUUGGCGCUCCCCACGCCCAAAUCCGGCGAAAUUUUCGUCCGGAUUGGAUCAAUUUUUGGCAUGGGGGGCAGUAUAUUUCCAGUCGUGUGCUCCCCAAGCGGCGUUUCUCGGGGAAAAAGAGGAUGACCCGGGAAGUCCGGACGAAAGAGGAGACACGUGGGCGUGGGCAGUUGGUUUUGCUCCAUCCGGAGUCCCCGAGCGCUCCCCGGGGGGCCGGGGAUGGCGUGGGAUCGCCGGAUGAAUUUCGGCCCAAAUCCGGACGAAAUCGAGAAACCGGGGGCACGACUGGACCGGAUUUCGCCGUCCGGAUGUAAAAAACGACUCGCGAGGGCUUCUCGGGGAGACGAGUGGAGAUGCUCUCAAACCACUGUGCUAGAGUGUUUCAGAACACAGAAGAAAUCCCCUUCCGCGUCUACUAGUACCCUCUCUCUAUGUUUUGACCGGACCACAACUUAUCCCUUCUGCAUCCGCAUCGGCGCAUCCCUAGGCCACAACUUUUCCCUCUUGCAUCUCUUUCUGCAUCCGCAUCGACGCAUCCCUAGGUUCUCCUCUCGCACCGCAGAAGGAAGGUGGUGAGUAUGACUAGGGGGAAGAAGAGAGGAGCUGGUACUGAUGGUAGUGGUCGGCGGGGGGGGGGGGGGGGUAAGAAGAGAUCUGUCGGUACUAGUAGCCCUGGGUUAAGUUGCGGCCAUGGAAGUAAUGGGAGAGACCGCCCGAAGGUCGAUUCAGAGACUAAGAACAUGGAGAAACCUCCUGAGAACACCCAUAAGCUGUUGAACUGAACGAUUGCCAUAGAGGUAAUAUUUUAUCUCCCCCAUUAAGUUACAAAGAUCUUGAUCUUCCGCCGCCGAUGACCGACGGGGAGACUGAGAAGCUUAGUGUCCUCGUGUCUUCAGGCAAUUGCAGAUGAUAUAACUAGUAAAUAUGUUCCUCCCCAUGUCAACAUAUUUUAUUGUUUAGGGGGAAUUACACUUACUUGUUUUCUAGUACAAGUCGCUACUGGUUUUGCUAUGACUUUUUACUACCGACCAACCGUUGCAGGUGGAUGGACCGGUGCAGCCGCCGCUGCCCCGGUACGCCAUCAACAUCAUGCCGCCAAGCCUCACAGAGAACGACCUUCAACUCGCGCUGCAGAACUCGGUCCCGCACCCGCCGCCGCCUCCACCUCCACCGUUCAACCCGUGGGCUCCUCCACCUCUACCUCCCCCGCUGGCGGCACCGGCGUAUGUUCCGCCGGUUUCCAAUCGGCCGUGGCAGAUACCGGAAUUCGUCGUUCUCGACGACGACGAGGAGUAGGCUAGGGUAGUGCGCUUUUCAGUAUUUAUUAUUAUUUUUUCCUUUAUUCACUAUGUAAAUUAUGUUUUAUGUUGAAAGAAUGGAAAACCAAAAAAAAAAUUGUGUUGUGCCGCUGGGGACACCAUCAGCGCAAACAGAUGUGCGAUCGAUUUCGAUCAACACAAAUAAACGCGCACGAUCAUCUGAAAUGCGUCACCACGUGUAAUGCACUAAGGGCAUCUCCAACGGGCGACGCAUUUCGGACGCCCAAAUUUCCCACGCGCGUCCGUUUGCAUGAACCCUGUUUGAAUCGAUAUAUUGUUUGAUCAUGUCAUGCGAAGUUGAAUCGAACAAAUUCAAACAAAUUAAACAUAUGAACUACGAGAACAAACGCGAGAACAAACAAAUUUUAAACUAGCUACUUCUUGUACUUCUUGUUAGAAGGCCCCGCCUUAUCAUCCUCACGAACGCGCUUCCUGCUCGUCAUCUCCUCCAAAGAGGCACUGUCGGUCGACGCGUCCGAUGAGUUUGAGUUCCCCUCCGACGAGUGGUCAUUGGGGCCUUCCUUGUCGUCGCAGAACGGAUGACGAGCCUCCGCAUGCGCCUGCCCCCUCGCCCGGGCCCUUGCCUCCUUCCUUAUCGCCGCCGCGUCGUCGGUCGCCUCCAGCGCCUCAAGCCGUGCCCACCUUGCGUCUGAGUCCUCCACCGAGUCCUGGCCAUCGAGGCCAACGAUGUCCCCCUCCUCCUCGCCCUCCGUCGGCGGGGAGCUAGGGUUGCUCGGCAUGGCAGUCCUAUCCCACCAAUGCCGCCAUCCCGGCGACUUCCCCUCGCUGUCGGUGUCUGAUGACAACGACAAGUUGCUCAUGGUGGCUAGCCGGUGUUGGAGAAGAAGAAUGACAGCCGGUUGGACAUGAAUUAGAGCACGCACAGGGAUUUUAUUCAGCGGGGAUCAAUGGCAGCACUUAUAACGAAGAGGUCUGCGGUUGCUCUUCCGCGGCGUUUCGGCGCUCCAUUCCGACGGUUGACGUAUCGAUCGGCGUGGUUGCCACUACGACGGUUUCCCUCCCCGGUAGUUGCUCUGCUUUAAUUCGCGCCGGCUCGAGUCAGGAUCGCUGCCAGGCAGACCUGUGGGAUAAGCGAGCGGACGAUCAGCGCGAUCGCACAACAUCUGCAGAGACGCAAAUGUACCGCAUAUUUGCGCUGCGUUUGCAUCUCUGUGCACGGCCCGAACUCGCCGCCCCGCUAGAGAAGGGCGCAGGCGCAUUUUCGGCCCGAAACGGACUCGCCCAGUCGGCCCGGUUGGACCGGUUGGAGAUGCCCUAAAGGCACAAUCUAUCAUUUCUCUGGCGACGAAGGGACAAAACUAGCUGAUGAGCCAUGAGGCCGUUUGGGAACACAGAAGAAAUGCCCUUCCGCAUCUACUAGCACCCUCCUAUUCUCCCUUCUGCAUCCCCCUUCCGCAUCCCUAGGCCACAAUUUCUCCCUCUCGCAUCCCUAGGCCACAACUUCUCUCUUCCUCCGCAUCCUCCCCGUUCUCCUCCGUAUCGUCCUUGCCAGCCGCACCGCGGAAGGAAGGUGGUGACUAUGGCUGGGGGGAAGAAGAGAGGAGCUGGUACCGCUAGCAGUGGCCGGGGGGAUAAGAAGAGAUCUGUCGGUACUAGCCCUGGGUCAAGUAGCGGCAGUACAAGUAAUGGGAGAGAUCGUCCGAAGGUCGAUCGAGAGACUAAGAAGAUGGAUAAAGCUCUUGAGAACAGCCACAAUCUGUCGAGAGCUUUCAAGCAGCACACCAUAGAGGAUGUUGAGAAGAUUACCUGGAAACUAAAGACUGAUGAAGAGGGUGUUAUUCAAGGCAGUUAUGCUGAUUUCAAGGGUGUCCUUGACGCUAGACGUGAUUGUUUCAAGAAAGUAAGGUCGACGCUUAUUCAUGGCGUCGUUGUCACGCAUCCGGGUUCAAACGAAACUUACCACAUCGUCAACAUUGAAGUUGAUUCUGAAGUUGUGCUGCAAUUGCUUUUCCGGCAGAGCGAUGGUUAUUUGGUGGCGUUUCGCCGCGUCUCGACUGAAAGCAGUUCGGUUUGGGAAGGCUGGUACUAUUUCAAAGACAAUAUAACAUUACCUUCCUUUUGUGAGGAACAGGUCAAGAUGAAUAUAGUAAGUGGCUACAAUCAGUUUUAUGAGAUCAGAUUUGGUAAAGGGAUAGUCUCAAGUAUUGUGAAGUGCCUCCUGGCAUUUACUCAAGAGAACUGUGCUUUGCGUACUUAUGGAGAACAUAAUAGGGGUUUGUUGUUUCAAACACUAAUGGUGUUCUUUGGUGAGUGUCAAAGGUCCGGAAUUUUCCUUGAGUUUGCUGAGCUUUACUAUGAGAGUGACACUUUGGUUGAAGUUACUGAAGAGUUGUCAAUGCACCGACACUCCUGGAUUAAUUUAUCAAGAGUACUCAUGGCUUUGUAUUUGGGAUACCUGUACCAAAAGCAUAGAUUAAAUGGAUGGGAGGCUGAAGUGAAGAAUGGGGAGCGGAAGAUGACACUAGAAAUCGGAGAAUUUACAGAUUUGGGUCACCUUGGCAUUGAGAGGUUUAUUGUGUAUGAAAUGGUUGAUGAUAAAAGAGUCCCCAACUACUCAAGUUCAAUGCAAAGUCUUCUUGGUUCUGAUGUUGGUCAGCUGUUGCACUUGAUAAAAUAUGAUGAGGAGUCCGUCCAGAAAAUACACUUGGCUAGGAUGAAGGCAGGUGUGUCAGAGGAAGAUGAUUGAUUGUCAGGUAGCUAUAUUAGUGAAGUUCCUGUCAUGCAGUGUAAUGUCCGAACAUCAUGCAAAAACCUUUUAGAGAUUUGUUAACUCAUGGUAGAUAAACUAAGCAAUCAGAGAAGGAAUGAUAUAGGGUAACAAGCUGCAAAUGAGAGCUUUCAGGCCUCACAACGAUGGCCUCCUGUAACAAGUCUUGGUUGAUUCUUGGAAGUGAUGCUCUUCUGGCAGUUGUCUCUUUUGUUCAGUCUGAUGUUUUUUGCGAGUUGGAUAUGUCCACCCUACUUAGGAACCCAGUUUAGUGGUCUGCUCCUUGACCUUUUGCUAAGAUAACUGAUGGUCUCUGUUAGAGACUCUUUUUUUCUCUUUAUUGGCUGAUAGCAGUGAGGCACUUUCUUCCCUGAACCCCUGAGCUGGCGCGUGAAGCAUGGGUUGCUAUUCGCAGUUACCUCGAGGACACUGCUCUCUGGACCCCAUCCUCUCGGUGUUGGUCUCCUUCAGUUGUACUUGGUUCUUGCCUGAUACUGCGUGGUUCAGAAUUUGCAUCCGGCUUUCCCGGUCCCGGAUGUGCUCACUUUAUCAACCAAGAUGAAGCUGGAAUGCAAGAAUUAUGGCUGAGCCAUUCCAGUGCUGGGUUAUGUUGCUUGGCAUCCCACAGCAGCUCAUCCGGGAGGAUUCAAUUGAUGCCAUUGUGAGAUCCUUUCGGGGUGUUUUGCUCUUCUGGCACGAACCAGCUCACAGCAGAGAAAAGGUCAUACUCAAGUGUUUAGUGGAAGAUAUUGACCACAUUCCCAGGGGAAGUUUUCUCUCGCAAUGGUUUUAGAAGGUCUUGGACGAUCACAGCUUAUUCUCUCAUUGGUGAUGCACAACCCGCUCCGAUGCCAGAAGCUGAAGAUUUACCGCCAGAGAACAUCGACACACACCCAUAUCAAGGACCAGUCCUCUUGGAGCAUCCUCUGGAUGCAGCCUGGAAUGAAGCUUGGUCUGAAGAUGGUGCUAUUCCCUUGGAACCGGCCACCGGAGACAGAAGUGAUCCUACUGCUAGUCUUGUCCAUCUCCCUCGGCUGCACCCCCCCCCCUGCCGCUGAGACGGGUGACCAGUCAAAUAAAGCUCCCAGUGAUGCUCUCAGUCCAAGUACUCUUGUUUCAGGUGGACAUGUCUCUGUCCAUGGUCCCUCUCCGCCUGCUGAAGAUGAUCCAGAUAAUAUGUUUGCUUUUGCUGAUUAGUUUGCUGAACCAAUGUACGUUGCUGAAGCUGCCAAGGAUCUUAAAACUGCAGGCUAUACUGAACUGGAAAUUCUGGCCACUUUGGAAGCUUUCAAGCGCUCGGGAAAGCUUGUUCUUGGAUCUCCUCCCUGGACGCCAAAGCUGCCUAUUAAUCUAUCUGUUACUGCUAAGGAUCUGGAGCAUGCUGGAUAUUCCACAAAUCAGGUUGCUUCCAUUAUCGAGGAAUUCAAGCAGUGUGGGCUGCCCUAUGUGGCUGUGGCUCUCCUUCCUGGACUAAGCAGACACCUCCUUGACAUUUCAUGACUCUCCUUGCGGGCUCUACACCAGCCAAUACCAUCAUCUCUCUGUGCAAGACUUUUACCCCAGAUAAUUUUGGGAGCAGUUUGUCCACGCUUUAGGACAUGCUGGUUAACAUAUCUGGAGGUCCACUAAUGCAAAUCAGUACAGAGAACACAAGAUUUCUGGUGGAUCAGUUUGUAGAAACUUGCUGAUACUGUGAAGAUGCAGAGUCACUUACCUGAAGCCAACAAGAUCACCAAGAAUUUAGCCUUUGAUCCUCUGGCUAUUUCUGGUCCAGCUUAGCGUUCUGGUUCAGUUGCUCCAUCCCCUGAAGCUCAGCCCUAUGCUUUCAAUCGUUUUUGUAACAGACAGGGUGUUCUCAUCAGUCGUAACUUGUCCAUGUCGCAAACGGCAUGGUGUACCAGUUUCAGUUUGCAGCCUCAGAAGGAGCCCUCGUCUUGGCAGCCUUGCAGUUGGAUUCAAGCCUGCUCCUGCCUCGCAGAUGUUGACUUCUACCAAGUGAUGGAGUAGAUCUUGCAGUGCGGUAUUGUUGACUUGUCUUUAUUGGAAACUAUACACCAGGGAUUCAUCAAAAAGCUGGCGUCAGGCUGGAUCAGAUGGAAGUAGUCAACUCAGUCUAAAAGAGCCAUCUACCAACGUGGUCUUGGCUGAUCAUGUUACUACGAAGAAAUGGCAGCAAGUCGUUGAUUUUGACGACCACCUCGAUGAUAUUAGCAAGUUGAAGAUUCUAUGAGGAUUGGUUGAACCCAAACCUACUUGGUUGAGACAAUUUUGUGAUUUAGUUGUUUUAUAUUUAUUUCAACUGUCUAGAACCAAGGUCUCAAAUCUUGUACCGUCAAAUCAUUAAAUUUCACUUAAUAGCUAGAAAUGCUAUUUGAUAUGGUUUGUAAUUUAAUAUGAUAAUAAGUAGAAAAUCACAUGUGUUUGUGCUGAAAUCUGUAGCAAGAAAUUCCUGAAAGUGAAGAAAGCUGUUGUUGCAAGGGGUCUUUGAAGAGAGCAACAUCUAUGGCGUCCUCGCAGGAAAUUGCUACUUCCAUCACAUUUUUAAUCAGCUACAUUGAUCUACAUGUCCUGUCAUGGCCGUGUGCCCUGUAAUGGCUUUUUUCUUCGAGGGAAAGAGCCUUGUAGUUUGCAGAUAUAUUUGCUGCCUUCGUAUCACUUCAUUUGACUGAAUGGCUUGAUUAAUGGAGCCUACCUUUCCGUUUGUCCUGUGGUAAGAUCUGGGCAGAACUACAUUGGCUGUGACUGGUUUUGCUUGGAUCUCUGCUUCGUACCAAAUACCUGUUAUCAAGGAUUGCAUUGAAACAUAGAGCAACAUCUAUGGCGUCCUCGCAGGAAAUUGCUACUUCCAUCACAUUUUUAAUCAGCUACAUUGAUCUACAUGUCCUGUCAUGGCCGUGUGCCCUGUAAUGGCUUUUUUCUUCGAGGGAAAGAGCCUUGUAGUUUGCAGAUAUAUUUGCUGCCUUCGUAUCACUUCAUUUGACUGAAUGGCUUGAUUAAUGGAGCCUACCUUUCCGUU